AAAGCCGAGACAUCGUAAAAAAAUCAAGUCUUGCAACAAAAGGAAAAUUCUUUUAAAAUUCAAAAAUGAAUCCCUCUGUUAUAAUUUUUGUCUCUUUAGUUAUUUUUUCCAGUGCUGAGGAACAAAAAUAUACGACAAAAUACGAUGAUCUUGAUGUCGAUGAAGUGAUUAAAAGUGAUAGACUUGUUAGUAAUUACGUUGGAUGUCUUCUUGAAGCAAAUCCAUGUACACCUGAUGCCGCUGAACUUAAAAAAAAUCUUCCGGACGCUAUAGCAAAUGAAUGUGCAAGUUGCAGUGAAGCACAAAAAAUAGGAUCGGACAAAUUUUGUCAAUUUUUAAUUGACAAUCGAAAGGAGGAUUGGGAAAAAUUGGAGGCAAAAUAUGAUCCAACAGGAGCCUAUAGAACAAAUUAUAUAGCAAAAUUGGAAAAGGAAAAAUCAGGACAAAAGUAAAUUUGAUGAAAAAAAAAAAAAAAUUUAUUUCUAUUUAUACAUUGAAAUAUUUCGAAUUUCUUUUAUAGGAUAUUUAUGAUAUUAGAGUAUCAAUAUUUUAACCUAAGAAACAAUAAUUGUAAAAAUUAUAAUAUACAAAUAAAGAUUAACAGAUUUUUUUGUUAUAAUCAAA